AUGGGCUGUGCCUCAUCCAAAGCAGCCAUCCCGCAGCAAACAGUGCCGGUGGAACACACAGAAUGCACUGCUCCCGCUGAAGAUGUCGAUGUAGAAAAUCAACAGCAGCCACUCCUCUCCACCACCAAGGGAGCAGCUACCCCAGCCAAACGACUGGGGUCAUCAUCGCCAGAAGCCCUGAAAGAACAACGGCCCAAGAGCAGAUUGCCUCCCAACAAGAGCCGCAUCCCACCCAAGCGAGCACAGAAUUCGUUGCCCAUGUCGUCAGAAGAAGCCAUUAGUAUCAGCAGUAGCAUGAUCAAGCCAACCAAGCUCCACUCGGCACAGAGCCAAGAGUUCACAAAACAUCUAGAGACGUCUCUGAGAGCCAGGGGGCUGAAACAAAGAGUGGCCAAGGAUGUUGUUUCCGGGGUCCGAAAUCGUACCAGACAGCGUGGCCCAUCCAAACGACGGGCCGUAUUGGACUACAGGCAACGCGUGCAGAUUACACUGCAGUCGGACAACGCCAGUGUCCAUUCAAAGGAAGUGUCCACGGAAGUCUUCAACUCUAGCCUGAGAUCCAUAGGUAUGGAGAGCACCGGCCAUGAGACUGCAGCCGCCACUUCAACAACCCAGGACCAGACAAACACCGCGCCUAACGAAAGCACGCCUCGAAGAAGAAGUCGCAGCAAAACAGGGAACUCGUCCUCAAGAUCAUCGUCCAAGCAAAGACAGUCUCGCACAUCUUCUUCUCAUCACCAGUCACCAGCCGAGAAGACUAGGAUACCACCAAACAGCUCUCGUAGUUCCAAACAACGACCCACAGAACUACCAAAGAUCGAUGUCGAAAGUGCCGAGCCCCGACCGAAACGUAGCGGAAGCGUCCAGCGUCGCAAGCAAUCCAAAAGAGGAAGCUCGUCCAAGUCGCCAAGCAGAUCUCAGAGAAACAAGGUAGAUCGCAUUCCCGACAAUCAGGGUGCGUCAGCCGAUGUGUCAUCCAAUGAAGAGGGGUCUCAACACACGGAAACACCCAACAACGACAAGCUGGAUGAUACGGAAUUGGAUGUUUCGGUCGUAUCUACUGCUAGUAGUUCACAACAUGUCCGCCGUCAUCAGCGCAAACAAUCCAGAAAGGGAAGCUCCAAGUCGCCAAGCACAACAAGAAGGACCAAAACUGUGGAUACAAGCGUCAACAAGAAGGAGGGGCUGCCCGUUGGGAUGUCAUUGGCCAAAGAGUCUCAACAUACUGCAGUACCCAAGCUGGGAGCUAGUGAACUACUAGACGCAUCCACGUCCACGAACGAUACUGCACAUACAAGCAUCAGGGAGGGUUCUACGAGUGGUAGUCCAAACCAAAGACGGCGUAGAACUACUCUGGUGACAAACCAGCGACCCAGAGAGAGACAUGAUAGGAUGCAGGACGAGAAGAUAGUUCUCUCCAAAUAUCUUGCUUCGUCGAUCAAAACCCCCGACCAGAAAGAUUCGAUUGCUCCAUCAACUUCGACCAAGAGUCGAAGACACCAACAAACAAGGAGAAAGAAGACACAACCUAUAAUGCCUGAAAACAACCCCAGGAUAUCCCUGGGCUCAAAGCACGGACAAGGUACCGAUACAAGCCCACAGGAUGGACUUGAUGAAGCCAUGCCGUUGUCGUCGUCGCAAGCCACUGACACGCUCGUAGAUAUCAAGACUACUUCAUCCAGAGAUAGCAAUGGUCCAUUCAACGCCUCGGCAACCUUGAAACCCGCGGAUGAGAAAUCCUGUAAUCCUUCGAUCGAGGGGCCUUCACAGCAUUCGCUGGGGCUUCCGUCGCAGCAUUCACUGGGCAGCUACUUACCAGAUGUGAUGAAGCGAGAUAGUGUCAAUUCGACUGUGGGAUUUGGCCCAACCGACGGUGACGCUGCCGACCAAAGCACGCGGACCGCUCGCCGAUCUGUCCUUGCCAACCUCGUGAGCAGGAUGAACCCUAGCAAGAAGAAUCCUCCUGGAUUCGAAGGUGGCAUCGCCCUAGCAGAUUCAGAACAGGUUGAUUUGGUGGACAAUCCUCGCGAGGCCCCCCACCCCCAAGCCAUGUUGACUGCCUUCAACCAAAUCAUUACAAAGCCCCUACUACGAAAGGUCCCAAGCAACAAAACAUGCAAUGAGGAGGAAGAUGAUGAACCACACCUCAAAGUUGAUGCUUUGUCCGGACAUGAAGGCGCCGACAGGGACUCAUUAAUGGACAGUCAAUCAUCGAUAGACCCCAUCGUAUUCAAGUUUGAUGCUGCUGAUCCAUCCAUUGCACAGUUCGACCCGCGGAAGGCAUCGGAAAACCAAAAUACGCACAACUCAUUGUCUACCAUUGAUCGAAUCCACCAACGGCAAACUCUUCGUGAUAGGCGAACGGAUGUCUCGCGCCCUCACAGAAGGGAUGGUGGACUAACAGAGAGUCUCCACAGCUCCUGCUCACAAGUUGAUGCCUUAAAAGCUGCACAACUUUCAGCAGAGCGUCGUUCGAAGGAUGCCGGCAAAGAAGGACACAGACGAAAGUCAUCCCGGACAAGAAAGUCCACGAGGAGUGCCGAUUCAUCUGCAAUGAAAGACGGAUCGAUGAAAGAUAUAUCCUCGGCGACGACCUCCUCCAAUAGAUCGAGGGACCGUCGCCGUCGACACACCCAUAUGCCUUCUUCCCCUGGCAAAAGUCCGCCCACAUCCCCUUCUGCAAACAACCUUCGACAUCACGAACUCACCAACUGCACGGCACGAAGCAAUGAAAAAGAGAAGAACGGCGCCUGCCCUCAAACAGGUGGCACUUGA